GGGGGGAUACUGUGCUAUUGCUGCGGUGCUAAGCAACGUCAGUACGCAAGACUGGUCUGUACUUGCAGCAGGAUUGUACCUACACGCGCACGGCAAGCAGCGCUGCGCAAAAAGCCAACGCCGCAGCCGAAACUGCAAAAGCGCCGUGGGCACGCGAAAAAGAGCCACGCCAACGCCGCAGCGGUACAAGGCAACGCAGCGAUAAUGGCCGCAAUCAUAGAACGCGUCAUGAGCUGCUUCCAGGCCAAGCCCAAGAAGUUUAGGGUCGUGUUUGUACUGGGCGGCCCGGGCAGCGGCAAAGGGACCCUGUGCAGCAAAAUUGUGGAGACUUAUGGCUGGGUCCACUUGUCCGCGGGCGAUCUAUUGCGGGCGGAACGGAAGGACCCUAGCUCCAAGCAUGGUGAAUUGAUCAACGAAUACAUCAGGGAAGGGAAAAUUGUUCCGGUGGAGAUUACAUUAGCUUUGAUCAGGAAGGCCAUGGAGGCCUCUGCAACGACGGACUUCCUCGUCGACGGCUUCCCGCGGUCGGCGGACAACCUGAAGGGCUGGGAGGACAACAUGACGACGUGCACCGACGUCGUGUCAUUAUUAUAUCUAGAAACGAGCGAGGAGGUCAUGGCGCAACGGAUCAUGCAGCGGUCGCGGGAGACCGUCGCGGCGGGCGGGACGGCGCGCGCCGACGACAACGAGGAGGCCAUCAAGAAGCGGCUGAAGACGUACCACGAGACGACGAUGCCCAUCAUCGAGAUCUUUAAGAGGCGGGGCAAGGUCACGGCGAUCGACUCGACGCCCGCGCCGGCCGUGGUGUUCGCCGCGGCGCAGACGAGCCUGUUCGACGGGCUCGCGGCGCAGAGCUAGCCUAGUAGGGGUUCUAAGACUAAGUUCACGGAAG